AUGAUCGAUACAAAUAUAAACGAAGAACAACAUGAACAGGGAACCAAUGAACAAAAUCCAUCCAAGGUAAGGAAACCAAGCGCAGGACUAGUGAUGGAUGAAACUGGAAAGCCAAAAUUCCAGUCUCAAGCAGAUUCAGGUUCAAAAGUCAAACUUGAAACUCGUAAAGUACCAAUUCCACCUCACAGAAUGUCGCCACUGAAGGCCGCAUGGCCUAAGAUAUAUCCACCGUUGGUCGAGUAUCUAAAGCUUCAGGUCAGAAUGAAUCUCAAGAGCAAGGCUGUUGAGCUUAGAUCUUGUAAAAAGACAACUGAUCCAGGUGCUUUGCAAAAGGGUGCAGAUUUCAUAAAAGCAUUUUCGUUGGGUUUCGACAUUGAUGAUGCAAUUGCGUUAUUGAGACUAGACGAUUUAUACAUAGAGUCUUUCGAAAUUAAAGACGUCAAAACUUUACAAGGGGAUCAUUUAUCCCGUGCUAUUGGUCGUAUUGCAGGCAAGGAUGGCAGAACAAAAUACGCAAUCGAAAAUGCCACUAGAACGAGAAUAGUUCUUGCAGAUUCCAAGAUUCACAUUCUCGGGGGAUUUACGCAUAUUAAAAUGGCAAGGGAAGCAGUAAUGAGCUUGAUUUUGGGUAGUCCUCCAGGUAAAGUUUACGGUAACUUGAGAACCAUCGCUUCGAGGUUAAAGGAGAGAUAUUGA